CCGGCAGGGGGCGGGCCCUCUCCGCACGCCUUCUCCGGGGUCAGGCGGCAAAGGAGGAUCGCGGCGAUGGCUCCGAGCAAGGAAUGCGGGACGGAAGGAAGCCUCGGCCGCGGGGUCCGCAAAGGCAUCCGGGCUGUGCUGCUCGGGCCGCCUGGGGCGGGGAAGGGGACCCAGGCCCCUCGGCUAGCUGAGGCCUAUUGUGUGUGUCACUUGGCGACAGGUGACAUGUUGAGAGCUAUGGUGGCUUCUGGCUCGCCGCUGGGCAAAAAGCUGAAGCAGACGAUGGAUGCUGGAAAGCUGGUGAGUGAUGAAAUGGUGGUGGAGCUGAUUGACAAAAACCUGGAGACGCCCUCCUGCAAGAAUGGUUUCCUUUUGGAUGGGUUUCCUCGCACAGUGCGACAAGCAGAGAUGCUGGAUGAGCUCAUGGAAAAGAGAAAAGAGAAACUAGAUUCUGUCAUUGAAUUCAGUGUUGCUGACUCCUUACUCAUCCGGAGAAUCACUGGACGGCUUAUUCACCCAGCAAGUGGCCGCUCAUACCAUGAGGAAUUCAAUCCUCCUAAGGUCCACAUGAAGGAUGAUGUCACUGGGGAGCCCUUGAUACGCCGGUCAGAUGACAACGAAGGAGCUUUGAAGACUCGUCUGCAGGCUUACCACACCCAGACGUCGCCGCUGGUUAACUACUAUAGCAGGCGUGGGAUCCAUACGGCUGUGGAUGCUUCCCAGUCCCCUGAUGUGGUUUUUGCCAGCAUCCUGGCAGCUUUCUCAAAAGCAACAUGUAAAGACCUGGUUAUGUUUGUUUAGGGCUCUCCUGUCUGAUGCUUCCUUCUCCUUUCCUGUCUUCUGGGGUCUGCACAAGCAAGCUCUGUAGGAGAGGUGCCAAGUUGCAAGGGAGGAAGGCUGUUUAUAUACUGCCCAUUAAACGGAAAUGCCGUGCUUUCUCCAAUUUGUAUGCAUAUAUUUUUUGAAGAGCUUCUGGGCUGUGUGCAGGUGGCCUGCAGGGGGCGCAGUAGCUUCACGCUCCGCUUUCCGGAACCUGGGAACUAGGCUGCUGCGCCUGUUCAGUCAAAAGUGAAAGCGCUCUGCUACUCAUCUUGGCGACAGGGUUAAACUGGAAAAUUGCUGCCGCUUCUCCUGUUCCGGUGCGAUGUUGUAGGAGUUCUGAAGGUCACAAACUAGCAGCUGUGGGCAGGAAGCAAAGUUGCUGGCUGGCCUUGUCCUAAGUCCUUGGCUCUAAAACUGCAGGAAAUUAAAUGCCAUGUCAGCUUAAAGAAGGGGUGUGCAAAAGCAGCACAGAUGUGUGCACCUGUGUGAAGAGACACGGGCACAUCCUGUUCUUCCAUGGGCCAAGCGGAAACUCUACAACCAGCACAUCACUGGAAGUGCGGUGCAUAUCCAAUACUUCUACAACUUCAUGAUGAAAGCCUGAAAUAGGAAGCCCAUAUGUGGAAGCAUCUACUCUGCAUAACUUCUUCAUAAGUUUUGUGUGUGUGCUUGUGGCUUAGUAUAUUAAUGUACAAGCCAUAACUUGCAUAAGAUGGCAAAAUGAGGACUGGUUUGACAAGGUGAGAAUGCAGACGGAGGGUUCCUAGGCUUUGUGCUGAAUUGUGCCACCGUGGGGCAAAGGUGCAAGACAAUCAACACUCCCUCCCAUUUACCUUCCUCUGGCAGGUUAGCGGUGGCGCCAGAAUGUGGGCCAGAUUGUAUUCGUGGUGAAGAAACUGAAAACCCACUUAACAAUGGUCUGGCAGAGCCUGGAUGCUGUUGCCCUGUAUUCCUGGCACACUUAAUUUAUUCAUGAGAAUUGACUUUGUAUCCCGCCAAGGCAGCCUUUUUCAACCUGGUGCCCUCCAGAUGGUAUGGACUGCAACUCUCAGCAUGGCUGGAACUGAUGCGAGUUGUACUCCAAAAUAACACGGAGGCAGGG